AUGUCUACUGAAACUUCAACCGUUACUGUCACUGAGACUACUCAGGUUGAAUCAACUACAGUUACUGCUGUUACUGAUGCCCCUCAAACUAAAAAGAAGGGUGCCCCUAAAAAAGAAAAAGCUCCACCAAAGGAGAAAAAAACUGCUGCUCCAAAAGCUGAAAAACCAUCUAAAGAAGCAAAAGGAGAUAAACCAAAGAAAGCUGCACUUUCUCAUCCUCCAUAUAUACAAAUGAUCACUAAAGCAAUUAGUGAACUUAAAGAAAGAAAAGGAGCAUCCAAACCAGCUAUUCUUAAGUUUAUUGCUCAAAACUUCAAUCUUGGUGAGAACCUUGCUCAAAUCAACAAUCAUUUAAAAGUUGCACUUAAAAAAGGAGUUGCUUCAGGAUUAAUUGAACAAAAGUCUGGUACUGGAGCUCAAGGACGCUUCUCAGUUAAAAAGGAAGCUGAAAAGAAAGUAAAGACUGUAAAGGAAAAGAAACCUAAAGUUUCAAAGGAAAAGAAAACUUCUGAAGCUAAGAAACCAGCCAAGGCAGCUGUUGAUAACAAGAAAGGAAAGAAAGCAGUUGAGAAGAAAGGAGUUAAAGCUACUAAAUCUACUCCAAAGAGAACUGUUGAAAAGAAAUCUCCUGCUAGUAAAAAGGUUGCUUCUGAAAGUAAAUCAAAAAAAGCUGCUCCUGAAAAGAAAUCAGCCCCUUCAAAGAAGACUGUUGCAAAGAAAGCAGUAGAAACUAAAACGAAGGCAGCACCAGCUAAGUCAACUCCGAAAAAAGCAGCAGCUCCAAAGAAAGCAGCAACAAAAAAGGCAACAGCUUGA